AUGCGAGGCUCGCUUGAUCAAAGAGCCAAGAAUGCUCUCAGCCUGUGGACCCAAUGCAAACCCGACACCGGCACUCCCAUUCGCCUCGCUCCCGAACUGAGCUUGUGCAGCGGCUCAAACUGUCACCCUGGCGGCUUGACCGAACUCGCACCGCUCCACCACGCCGCUCUGGCACGGCGAGCUUGCGGCGGCCCUGCAUCCGGGUUCCACUCCGCCUGCUUGGCCUGCCCACCGCGCUCCGCUCCUCUGCGGUGGUCUUCCGAACGCCCCGCUCCUUUGACGGACGGACGGACGGACGGACGGACGUCUCUGCUAGACCUGUGUUUCACCUUGGCCAAGCCACUGUCAGGCCGUGUUGGUCGACGAGUCAACAAGAAUCCUGCAGGUGUGCGUGCGCUGGCGUCGGUCGCCUGUCUGAGCACACCCAAUUCCUUCGGUUGGGCCACUCCCAACAGCAUUUUCCGGCCGUGCCCACCCACCAACCACCCAUCUUUUGGUCGGCCGCUCCGCUGCUGGACGGCGCGCUACCGUGACUUGCCGCUUGGCUUCACAUCCCGUCGCGCGAAUCCCUCAUUUGUCUCAUCCUCCCUUCUUUGCCUCGCUUCGGCAUCCUUCCGCCCUCCUCCCUCCUCGCCGUCACAAUCCCUCCCUGCUCUCGCUUCGUCACCACCAUCCUCGACAUCACUCGCUCCACCCGGAUCCGAUCAGCUCGACCGCCUCCCUUGUUCCGGCUUGGAUUGGGCCUUGCUUCUCUUCGACGCGCCCAGCUUCCACCACGCGCACGCACGUGUCAACGUCGAAUUGCCCACUUGCCGUCCCCACUCAUUUACCUCCUGCACGCCUCUCCUGCACUCGCGCCAUCGCUCUUGCCGUCCACCCUUUGUUUUCUUCGUCCUCUUCUUCUUCUUUCUCUCCUUCUUCUCCUCUUCCAUCUCACGCCGUACGCAUCGCCCCACUGCAGCUUCGGUCGAAUACACGGCUCUCGAGGACGCGGAUACGCUCACUUACGCUCUUUCAACAUCGCACCGAGCUCGUCGCAUCGCCCUGGUUCGAAGCACUGCAUCUAUCGUUCUCGCCAUCGAGGUCAGGUACCCAAGCACGUCUUCAUAA